CUUUUGUAUCUCUCUCCCCUUCAAACUGUGACACAUUUUUCGCAGAAGAAGAACCAUCACACUACUUCACCAGCAGAGCAAUAUGGCUUCCAUGACCAUGGCUGCUUCAUUCCUGGGCGGUGCAAUGACCAAAAACCCCUCGUCGUCGUCUUCAAGCCCAGCUCGCAGGAGCCUGAUUGUGGCUAAAGCCACGGAGGGCAAAAGUGUCAAUGUCAAAGCCAUGGAGAGCAGCAGGAAGGAAGAAGGAGGGAACAAUGGAAGGAGGGAUCUGGUGUUUGCUGGUGCAGCUGUGGCUGCGUGCUCCAUCGCCAAGAUUGCUUUUGCUGAAGAUGAGCCCAAGCGAGGAACCCCAGAAGCCAAGAAGAAAUAUAACGUUAUUUGUGUCACCAUGCCCACUGCUCGUAUAUGUCGCAAUUGAAUAUGAAUUAAGAGUUCAAGUCAUCAUUUGACUUUCUUUUUUUCAUUCCUUUCUCUCAAUCACUGUCAUUUCUAUGAGCUUCAUGCACAAUGUUGUUAUGAAUAUGUAA